UUCCAUUUGAAAAAAUUUCAUCAAGGAAAUUCAUGGGAAAAAAAAAACGCAAACAUAAUGUCAUAUCAUUGAAGGUGUUAAGAAUAAUGGCAUAUCGUGUCCAAAUUAACAAAGAAUAUCUAGAAUAACGACAAAUGUCAAUACUAAUAUGGAUAAAAACUUUAGAAAUUUGUUUAGACAGAUAUUCGGAUUUUUGACAAUGCCCUUGCUAAGGCUGACAUCGUUAAAGAUAAGUAGACGUAUUGCAAUGCUUUUACUAGUGUUAUUUAUUUGGGAAAUUCAUCAAAUAGUGUAUUAUGAAGUUAAUGGAGGAAUUGCUUUCAAAAGGAAUAUUACUUCUAAAGAGCAAAUCAAAAAAGAUAUUGGGCUAUUAGUUUCAAAUGCCAAUGCAACAGCUUCUACUCCAACUACUGAAAUUUCGACAACUAUCAAUUCAACUAGCCCUGUUGUAACCGUUUCUACUGUAACUAUGGCAAAAAAAUACAUAUAUCAAAAUGUGAUUUUUCUGAAGACACACAAAACAGGUUCUUCCACAGUUACAAACGUUUUGCAAAGAUACGCAAAGUUGAAUAAUCUGAACGUUGCUUUGCCGCAAUGUGAUCACAGAUUUUGUUACCCAAAAAAAUUUGACGAAAGUUAUAUUUACAAACAUAAAACACGAGAUACUUAUAACAUGCUUUUUAAUCACGCAGUAUUUGACAAAGAAAAAAUGCUAAACAUAAUGGCUCCCAAUACUAAAAUAGUUACUAUAAUUAGAGAACCUUACGCGCAGUUUGAUUCCGCAGCUCAAUAUUUAAAUUUUAAACUAUAUUUCAACUUGACAGGUCGCUUACCUUUACUAGACGAGUUUUUUGAACUUUCAGAAGAUUUUUUAAAAAGACUGAUUCAAUCUACUGAUCCAGCUGAGUCUGAGAGCGCAUUUGCUUUAGCAAAAAAUCCUAACGCGUUUGAUCUUGGUUUCGACGUUUGGGAAGAAACGCCUGAAUAUAUUGAGAGUGUUUUGAAAUCAAUUUCAAGAGACUUUGAUCUUGUAAUGAUUACGGAGUAUAUGGAAGAAUCUUUAGUUCUUUUAAAAAAUGAAUUAAAUUGGAAUUUGGAAGAUGUUGUUUUUUUUUCUCAUAAUGCAAGACAAUUCAAAGAAAAAAACACAAAUGACAUUGAAAAUGUAACUAGAAAAAUUUUAAAUUGGAAUAAAAUUGACGCGGCAAUUUAUAAACAUUUCAAUCAAACAUUUUGGACAAAAAUAGCGAACAGUCCUCCUGAUUUCUAUACAGAUGUGAAUAAACUAAAAGAGUGGAACCGUGAUUUAGUAAAUCAAUGUACUGGUAAAAAAACAACCGAGUCUUCAACCUAUUUAACAAAAUCAUAUUUUGAAAAAACACGAGGUAGCUUAUGCUAUGACAUUAUAAGAGAAGAAAUUCCAUUUACAAUUUGGUUCAAAUGGACACUUCGAUAUAAAAAAAGAGGAUUCUUUCCUAUAAACUUUUAUUAAUGACGCUAUUGGUUUAAAACUUUGAAAUAUUUUAAACUUGUUUUAUAAAUUAUUGAGUGUGACGAAGUUUUCAACAGACAA